UUGGUCGUGAUUGCUGCGUUGAGUAUAACUGAGGCGAGUCCUGCGAAACGAUUCUCAGGUCUAGGAAUUGCUGGUAUUGGAAGUAUUGGAGGCAUUGGAGGCGCAGCCGGAUGUGUCGUUACGGGAAAUAAAUUGUUCGCGAAUGGUAUCUUCCUGAGAGAUUUGACAUCGGCCGAACAGCAAGAAAUGGUACAAUACGAGAAAGAUGUCAAAAAAUACAAAGAGGAAGUAAAGAAGAUAAUGGAAGAUAAACGUGAAGAAUUCCACUCGGCACGUAAACUCAAGUCAAACAAAGUGUCUGAGGUGGCUAAAUCCCUAAAGGGUCAAUUCCCGAAAGCUCCCGAGAAGCCGUCGUUCUGUUCAGACAUUGAUACAACUCAAUACUACUUCGACGGAUGUAUGGUUCAGGGUGGGCAAUUGUUGAGUGAACUACAAUAUGUGAUCGAUCGUAGUUCAGCUCGUGAGCACUCACUAUUGCACGUAUGCUGA